AUGAGCUUACCCGAUGGAUUUUAUAUAAGGCGAAUGGAAGAGGGGGAUUUGGAACAGGUCACUGAGACGCUAAAGGUUUUGACCACCGUGGGCACUAUUACCCCCGAAUCCUUCAGCAAACUCAUAAAAUACUGGAAUGAAGCCACAGUAUGGAAUGAUAACGAAGAUAAAAAAAUAAUGCAAUAUAACCCCAUGGUGAUUGUGGACAAGCGCACCGAGACGGUUGCCGCUACGGGGAAUAUCAUCAUCGAAAGAAAGAUCAUUCAUGAACUGGGGCUAUGUGGCCACAUCGAGGACAUUGCAGUAAACUCCAAGUAUCAGGGCCAAGGUUUGGGCAAGCUCUUGAUUGAUCAAUUGGUAACUAUCGGCUUUGACUACGGUUGUUAUAAGAUUAUUUUAGAUUGCGAUGAGAAAAAUGUCAAAUUCUAUGAAAAAUGUGGGUUUAGCAACGCAGGCGUGGAAAUGCAAAUUAGAAAAUAG